GUCUGCUGUCAGGGCGCACGCCAUCGAGCGACCGUGUCCUCGCUCUUUUACCUUUCCUCCUGUCAGGGCGCGUGCAUCCCCUACGACCAGGGCAGCGUAUAUCCUUGUCGCUCUUCGUCGUCUCCCCCCACAACUGUUAUAUUCCCACCGGCGCCGCCGGCUCUUCGUCGUCCUCCUCCGGGUGUGCCCCAGUUCGCUGCCCGUUCCCCAGCCGCCGAUCCCUCGAUCUCCGCUAGCUUCGUUCCUUCGUACAGGAACGGUCGAGCAGAAACUAGCAGCCACUCCCGAGUCCCGACUCCCGAUCGCGAUUACUUGCCGCGGCACCAGUACUCCAGCGGCCACCAUGAGCAGCGGGAAGCGAUCCUUCUUCGCGCCCAAGAAGAAGGCCACCAACCCGUUCGAUUCCGACUCCGACGACGACAAACCGCAGCAGCGGCCAGCGCGGGCGUCCUCCGUGCCUCCCCCGGACGAGCAGCGGGGCUCCUCCUCUCUCUUCGGCGCCGGCGACAGAGGCGGGCUCUUCUCUUCCGCGGCCAACCAUCACUACCGGAACGACUUCCGCGACGCUGGCGGCCUUGAGGGCCAGUCCGUGCAGGAGCUGGAGGGCUACGCGGCGUACAAGGCCGAGGAGACCACGCGCCGGACGCGGGGGUGCGUCAGGAUCGCCGAGGAGAUGAGGGACACCGCAUCCAAGACGCUCGUCACCGUCCACCAGCAGGGGCAGCAGAUCCACCGCACGCACAUGAUGGCCGUCGACAUCGACCAGGAUCUCUCCAGGAGUGAGAAGCUAUUGGGCGAUCUUGGGGGUCUAUUUUCCAAAAAGUGGAAGCCAAAGAAGAAUGGCGCCAUCAGGGGUCCUAUGCUAACUAGAGAUGAUUCCUUCAUAAGGAAGGGGAGUCAUUUGGAGCAAAGGCAGAAACUAGGGCUGGCAGAUCAUCCACCUCCAUCAAAUGCGCGCCAAUUCCGUUCUGAACCCUCAUCAGCACUUGAGAAAGUUGAGAUAGAGAAGGCAAAGCAGGAUGAUGAUCUGUCUGAUCUAAGCAACAUACUGACGGAGCUGAAAGGGAUGGCCGUUGACAUGGGCUCUGAGAUCGAGAGGCAAACAAAAGCAAUGGGGGAUGCAGAGAAGGAUUAUGACGAGCUGAACUUCAGGGUCAAGGGAGCAAACACUCGAGCUCGCCGUCUCCUCGGGAGAUAAAAAAAUGCAUAUAUUCUUGUCUCUUGGAUGGUCCAUAACACAUUAACUAUAUGGGGGCAUCAAAUUCUGAUGAUUUUGUGCAUCAGAUUUUGAUUAGCAUUGUUACCGUGGACAUGUCGGCGUGUAUGGUAGUUGAGACAUAUUUUAUAUGUUUGCUUCUUUUUUCUAUUUUUUUAGCAUUGCACGAGCUUAGGAUUUCAGUGGAUUUUACAUGGAAAACCUUGUCUGAUUAGAAACUUCUUUUCGGGUAAAUAAUGCUGAUACAUAGUGAUUUGUCGCCGUACACUCUUCACACCAUCAAGUACCUACGUAUGAGUAGAAACUUUGCCAGCGAUUUACGAAUGUAAACACCAUAUAUACUGAUACGGGGCCUGUUGCAUUUAUGCCCGCAUUUUA